CUCUAGCUCUUGCGUCUGGUUUUUCCUCCAAGUCUGUUAUUGACAAUACAAAUUCAUUUUUUUUACACUAAAAAGAGAAAGAGAGGGAAAAUUCUGAGGGGGUUUCCACUUUCAAGUCUUCAAUUUGAUUAAUUUAGUUACUGGUUUUGAAGCUGCACUUAUUGCUUGAAGAAGGGAUUUGUGAAGAGGAGGGUAAAGAUGGAAGUUCAAGGUUUAGGGAUUUUGGGCCUGCUUAUUUUCUUGGUGUUUCUCAGCUUCCCCAACAAUGGUGAAGCUCAGACAAAAUCUUUUUUCAUAAACUGUGGCACAAAUUCCAGUUUAAAUGUUGGUGGCAAACAAUGGGUGGGUGAUACCACCCCUGGAAACAAUAUGAGUCUCAGUUCUCAUGGCAUUGAGGCCUCAUCCCCUGCGUCCAUCAAUGGCAAUCUGGUGGAUUAUGCACCACUCUACAGAACUGCCAGAUUCUUUUCUGAAAGUCUUAACUACACAUUCCAACGACCGCCCGGGAAGUUUUUCCUUAGACUCCAUUUCUAUCCCUUUGCGUUUCGGAACUACAAUAUGAAUGAGUCAUACUUUACUGUUGUGGCUAAUGGCUUGAGAUUACUCUCCAAGUUCAGUGUUACAGGUGAGAUCUUGCAGAAGAACUCUCAUGCUUCCACUAGCAAUUCCAGCUUUAUGGCCUUAGUCAAGGAGUAUUUCGUUCCUGUUGAGUCAAAUGUUUUUGUCAUUGAUUUCAUCCCGGAUAAAGGGUCGUUUGGUUUCGUCAAUGCCAUUGAGAUGGUAGCUGUUGUUGAUAGGCUUUUCGUUGAUGUUGUGAACAAAGUGGGGAGGAAUGGUGGCAAAUCCUAUUUGAAUUUGAGCAAACAAGGGAUUGAGACUAUGUAUCGGUUGAACAUGGGUGGUUCAAUGAUCAAACCUCUUCAAGAUUCAGUGUUUGGGAGGACAUGGGAAGAGGAUUCGGGCUAUAUGAUCAAUUCAAACGCCGGGUCAGAAGCCAGAAACAAAUCUAGUAUCACAUAUGCCUCCCCAAACGACACGUCCAUAGCUCCCCUUCUUGUCUACGAAACAGCAAGAACUAUGACCGACACUUCAGUCCUGGAAAAGAGGUUUAAUAUGUCAUGGAAAUUGGAAGUGGAUCCAGAUUUUGAGUAUUUGAUACGUUUGCAUUUCUGCGAGCUAGAGUAUGAUAAACCAAGACAACGUAUCUUCAAGAUCUACAUAAACAACCAAACAGCAGCAGAAAAGGUUGAUAUUUUCACACGAGCAGGAGGGAAGAACGCAGCAUAUCAUGAGGAUUACUUUGAUGUGAUGCCCUCCAAAAGCAAGAGUCUUUGGGUGCAAGUAGGUCCAGACUCAUCGACGGGUUCCCAAGAUGCGGAUGCUAUGUUGAAUGGGUUGGAGGUAUUUAAGUUGAGUCACAAUGACAAUCUUGCCCCCAUACAAAACUUUGGGGACGCACAAGGCAAAAGACGCUCCAAAACCGCGAUCAUCUGGAUGGGAAUUGGAGCUGGAAUUGUGUUCAUUAUGGUUUUUGCAGGAAUAGCUCUACUGCUCACCUGUCUGUGUAAAAAGCAGAGAGGCAAUGGCAAGAAGAGUACUUCUCCAUCCCGAUGGCGUCCGUUAUUCCUUCACGGAUCUAUAGUGAGUAACAAUGGCGAAGCGAAGGGAUUGACUUGUGGGUCCCUUGGGACUAUAAGAUCCGGGAGGCGUUUUUUGCUUACGGAUCUCAAAGAAGCAACAAACAACUUUGAUGAGAGUUUGGUGAUCGGAGUGGGUGGGUUCGGCAAGGUAUACAAAGGGUACAUAGAUGAUGGUACCUUAGCAGCAGUGAAGCGAUCCAACCCACAAUCUCAGCAAGGUCUUACAGAGUUUGAAACAGAAAUUGAACUACUCUCAAAGCUAAGACAUAAGCAUCUGGUAUCCCUGAUAGGGUUCUGCGAUGAACAAGACGAGAUGAUCUUGGUCUAUGAAUACAUGUCCAAUGGGACUCUCAGGAGUCAUCUGUUUGGCAGUGACCUACCACCACUGAGCUGGAAACAAAGACUGGAGAUCUGUAUAGGUGCUGCUAGAGGGCUGCAUUAUCUCCAUACCGGAUCAGAACGCGGCAUCAUUCACAGGGAUGUGAAGACGACCAACAUACUGUUAGAUGAGGACUUUGUAGCCAAAAUGGCGGAUUUCGGUCUUUCCAAAACGGGACCCACUUUGGACCAUACCCAUGUGAGCACGGCAGUGAAGGGAAGCUUCGGGUACCUUGAUCCAGAGUACUUCAGGAGGCAGCAGCUCACGGAGAAAUCGGAUGUGUACUCAUUCGGUGUGGUUUUGUUUGAAGUCGUCUGCGCAAGAGCUGUGAUAAACCCAAGCUUACCAAAAGAUCAAAUCAAUCUUGCAGAAUGGGCAAGGAGAUGGCAAAGGCAAAGAUCGCUGGAAACCAUCAUUGACCCACAACUAAAAGGGAAGUAUUCUCCAGAGUCACUGGCGACAUUUGGCGAGAUUGCUGAGAAAUGCCUUGCUGAUGAAGGGAAGACCAGACCGACAAUGGGUGAAGUUCUAUGGCACUUGGAGCAUGUCCUCCAACUUCAAGAGUCUUGGCUGCAGUCUAAUGAUGGGGAAAAAUUGGUCGAUGAUGCGUCUGCUCCAAACGCCUUUGAAGAGAAAGAAGAACCUGAGAGAGUAUCAAGAACAAUUCUCUGAAUGGAAAGGCUAUGGUGGAAACUUCAGCAAACACAACAGAUGAUUCAUAUCCUACCGCUUGUUUGGGCUGAAGAAUUUCAAAGUUGAUGAAUUGGUAAGCUUUGACAUGGAAAAGGUUUGGGCUAUGUUUGUGAUCGGCUCUUCAAUUCUUUCAUUCUUUUAUGUAUUUUAAUUAUUUGGGAGGACAGAUUUAAUGGUCUCGUAGCUUCAAGUCUCUA